AUGGCACCGCGCGUUCGGCGGCGUGCUGCAGUGCUGCGUGAGCUGCCGUGCAAGGGGCAGGGCGCGAUGCAGGCGUACACCGUCGCCGCAAAAGAGGAGGGCAACAGCGGCUGGGCGCCCAUCCGCAUUUUUGUCUCCACUGAAGAUCUGAAGAAAGAUGGUCAGUGGAAGUGGAGGAAGAAGAGGUAUUGCGAAAAUGCGGGGGAACAGUGCACCAACUACUUGGGGUACGAAGCAACGUGCACUGCCACGGACGUUUUGUCGGAAGAGAAGAAGGCAUUGUACGAGAAGACGAUUAUCCCCAUGGCAGUGAAGCUGCACGCGGAACGGCUCCUCGUCAAGCCCGUGGUUGACAAAAUAAUUGUGCCAAACGUUGCUGGAGGACCGUGCCAGCACUUUAAAAUUCCAAUUACCCACAAGACC